AUGUCGAAACGGAAUCAAAAAAACGCACCGUCAGAAGACGCUAUAAAAAUGACAAAAGAGCAAGAGGAAAUUGCAAAAUACAUCAGGUUCAACUGUCCGACGGCCACCACCAUGUUCGAAGGAAAUGAAGUACAUUACUUCAGUGGAAACAAAGCUGUUGACACUCUCUGGGACUCAAAAUACGGAAAUAAAGCGAAGAAUAGCCCAAUGUUUAAAACUCGGGACGAUUGUUUCCAUUACAUUUGUGAAUUGAACUCUAAACAACUUUUCUUCCGAGCUAAGAAACUGGUGGCCAAAAAGAAAGAAAACAAAGAUAAAGGAAAUGAUUCAUCCGCUGAAGUUACUAAAUCUCCGAAAGGAACUGUCGAGAAGAGAAAUAAGAAGGGCAAGGAAGAAGAAACAGCCACUGAAGCCGAAGGUGAUGAAAAAGAAGAAACCAAAAAAGAUGAUAAGAAAGACGAAGAGAAAAAGAAGAAGAAAGUCAAGCUUCUUGUUCAUGAUAUCCAAACUUUUGUUGACGAUAAAGAUGUUUAUGUGUGGGUAUUUGACCCAACACCUCUUAUGAAAAAGAUAAUUGGAGUUCUCAUGCUUGUCGGAACCAUUGUCGGAUGUCUCUUCCCACUAUGGCCCGCGUGGCUUCGUCAAGGUGUAUACUAUGUAUCGAUAACAGGAAUAGGAUGUUUCGCAGCUAUAAUUGUCACUGCUAUCCUUCGUACCAUUCUUUUCGGCAUUAUCUACGCUGUCACUUUCGGAAAACAUAAGCUUUGGAUUUUGCCCAAUUUGACCGAAGAUUGCGGAGUUCUCGAAUCAUUCCAACCGUGGUACACUUACGAGUGCUGUGGAGAUGAUAGGAAAGAAAACAAAAAGGACAAAAAAGAAAAGAAAUCGAAGAAAGCAAAGGACUCCGAUGCUGAAGAAGAAGUAGAUGAGCCUUCUGCAGAUCCUGAACAAAAGGAAUGCGAAGACGAAGAGGAUGCCGAAAAAUACAGUCAGGCUUCUACUGAUGAAAACUAUGAAAAAAUUGACGAUGAGGAAAUUUCUGCGCCUCCUUCUCCUAGUGAGGGUAUUGCCCGGAAACGUCGCCCAGCCAAAGUAUAA